AUUCGCACGCCAUUCAGUACAGUCAUACUCAUAAUACUGACUACGCACCCAGGAGCCUUACUCAGUCAUUCUGAUUCCCCUGCAGCCUCCUCAUCUCAAAUUGUCUUGUUAUAUCUUAUUCUGUUAGCAUUUAUAUUCAUAGGAUGGCAGUAGGCCGAUCUAUGUCUGAUCUGGGCAGGUUAUUACAACACAGAAUUGGCUAUCAUAGCGCAGCACAUGGCCCUGCAGAUGCUGCGGGUUUCCGCAUCCUGGACACAGCUGGAUCUGCACGCGAACUCUUGACCGCAAACGGUCUUGGUCGGAUAGCGCACUCACAGACCAUCCAUCAUCGUCAUUGAAUUGCCAUUUCCGGUGAUACUUUGCCUUACCCAGGCC